AUGCCUGGCGUCAGGAGGAAAUCCAACUUUCGAAACAGGAAAGAUCUGACUUUGGAGGAGAAGGUGAGAGUGAUCAAAGCCCUGGAGGCUCCAGGCACAAAGAUCAAUGCAAUGGCCAAAAAGUUUGGAGUUUCUGUGUCUUCAAUUAGUCGCAUCAAUAAAAACAAGGACUUCAUUAUGUUGAAGUCUUCUAGUGGGGAUUUGAGCAGCAAGUCCAAGAGGUCAAGGGAAUGCAAAGACCCUGAGCUCGACCGGGUGUUACUCAAGUGGUAUCGGGCCAUUGAGAAAACGCAGGGUGAGAAAAAAAUAUCAAUCUCCAACGUUCUCCUAAAGCAGAAGGCGCAUGAUCUCGCCAUCAUCAUGGGCAAGAAUUAUUUCCCGUCCGAUAAUUGGAUUAUUCGAUGGAAGCACAGACACAACCUGGACUUCAAGACCAAUAUGAUACAGGACAGGUCGGAGCUGAAGCGCCUGGAUACGGUCAACAUUGCUGAUAUCAUGGAGGAGGUCGGAAAACACCAGGUGUUCCUGGACCAGAUAAAAAG